UAUAUAUAACAACACCAAAUGUAUUGCUCAUUAGAGCCUUCUGAGAUUCAUCUCUGAGUCUGUUUUCUUUUGUGGGUGUUGGUGGUUGGCCUGUGAAGUAAGAGAUUUGUCCGAGAAUGGGUAGGAAAUGCUCACACUGUGGGAACAUUGGUCAUAAUUCAAGGACUUGCACCACUCUCAGAGGGAGUAGUGGUGUUAGUAGUAGUAGUCUUACUGGUGGGGUGAAGCUCUUUGGGGUGCAGCUUGAGAUGCCUUCUACAACUCCUCUUCCAAUGAAGAAAAGCUUCAGCUUGGAUUCCUUACCAUCUUCAUCAUCCACACCCUCCUCGUCAACAUCUUCUCGAGUUUCGGCCGACGAAAAUUCUGAUAAAUUCUCCCGUGGUUACCUCUCUGAUGGCCUAAUUGCCAGAACCCAAGAGAGAAAGAAAGGUGUUCCAUGGACUGAGGAGGAGCACAGGACUUUCCUCCUGGGGCUUGAAAAGCUUGGAAGGGGUGAUUGGAGGGGCAUCUCCAGGAACUUUGUGACUACUAGAACUCCAACCCAAGUAGCCAGUCAUGCCCAGAAGUAUUUUCUUAGACAGAGCAGCCUCAACAAGAAGAAGCGCAGACCCAGCCUCUUUGAUUUGGUGGAAAGCAGCAAAUUCUCAUUUCAUCUGGUCAAUCCCAGCAUUCCUCAACCCAAUCAGCCCUCCAUUCCAUGUGGGUUUUCAUUGAAGACCACAAAUUCUACUCUGUUAGAUCUCAAUUUCUGAUCAAGAUUCCAAGUGGGGGCAACAGAAAAAACUGGCCAUUGCCCUUCAGGCUUAUAUCUUCGAAUUCAAUAAAAGCCUCUCUGUGUUCAAGGAGCAGCAGUCCCCUGGAAAAAAAGCAAACAUCAGUUGAAAAUCAGUCUUGGAACCUCAUCCUCACACUGAUAAGAAUGAUGUUAUCUUGGGAAUCUACACACGUUUAUGCAGCAAAAAAAACAAGCUUAUUAUCCACAGUAGAUUAACCGUUUUUGUUUUGUUAAUGAAAGUAGUCAUUGGAUUGAUUUGUUCAUCAGCCUAAACAUAACUAAUCAAGCUUUUUUCACAAGCUAUGGAGAUUGACCAAGACUCGUUCUCUGCCCUCUCAUUGAUUAUUAGACCCACGGCUCUGUUAGGAGCCCUGCUGUUGGGACACAAACCACUGCUGAAUUUCAUCAAUCAAAAGCACAUGGGCCUGGUUUAAUUGUUGGUUCUGAUGUUUUCAUUGUAUCAGUAAUGAUUCUUGAUCAUGCAGCAUUCAGUUUUAGAGGACUGUCCUCUCUGGCUACAGCUUGAAUCUGAUUUGAAUUCAUGAAUUCUCACAGCUUUUUGUAUUUUCCAAAAUCCUCCAAUAAAGUUCACCAUUUUUCCUAGUCUUC